AUGAAGGCUCUCAUUCUUGUUGGAGGGUUCGGUACCCGUUUGCGUCCUUUGACUCUCACUCUCCCCAAGCCCCUGGUGGAAUUCGGGAACCGUCCUAUGAUCCUGCACCAGGUCGAGAGUCUGGCUGCUGCGGGUGUCACGGAUAUCGUUCUGGCCGUCAACUACCGCCCCGAUGUUAUGGUCGCGGCCCUCAAGAAGUAUGAGGAACAAUACAACGUCAGAAUCGAGUUCUCCGUCGAAUCGGAACCCCUGGGCACCGCCGGCCCCCUGAAGCUUGCCGAAAAGAUUCUCGGCAAAGACGACUCUCCGUUCUUCGUCCUCAACUCCGAUAUCAUCUGCGACUACCCCUUCAAGCAGCUCGCCGAGUUCCACAAGAAGCAUGGCGACGAGGGUACCAUUGUCGUGACCAAGGUCGACGAGCCGUCCAAAUAUGGUGUCGUCGUGCACAAGCCCAACCACCCCUCCCGCAUCGAUCGCUUUGUCGAAAAGCCAGUCGAGUUCGUUGGCAACCGUAUUAACGCCGGUAUCUACAUCCUCAACCCCAGCGUGCUCAAGCGCAUCGACCUGCGCCCCACCUCCAUCGAACAGGAGACUUUCCCCGCCAUCUGCGGUGACGGUCAGCUUCACUCCUACGACCUGGAGGGAUUCUGGAUGGACGUGGGACAGCCCAAGGACUUCCUCACUGGCACAUGCCUCUACCUCACCUCGCUGGCCAAGCGUAACUCCAAGCUGCUCGCCCCCAACAGUGAGCCUUACGUCCAUGGCGGCAACGUGAUGGUCGAUCCCUCCGCCAAGAUUGGCAAGAACUGCCGCAUCGGCCCCAAUGUAGUCAUCGGCCCCAACGUUGUGGUCGGCGAUGGUGUCCGUCUGCAGCGGUGCGUCGUCCUCGAAAACAGCAAGAUCAAGGACCACGCCUGGAUCAAGUCCACCAUUGUCGGAUGGAACAGCUCUGUCGGCAAGUGGGCGCGUCUGGAAAAUGUCACCGUGCUGGGUGACGAUGUCACCAUUGCGGACGAAGUCUAUGUCAACGGUGGCUCCAUCCUGCCCCACAAGAGCAUCAAGCAGAACGUUGAUGGUAAGUUCAUUUUCUUCCCUCCCCUCCGCGCACCUUGUCGCAACAAGAACUAA